CAAAUGCCAAAACAGGCUAAAUCCAAAAUUUAAAAAAGUUGAGAUAUUGAUGACAUUGAGUUCUGUAUUACCUAGGCUACAGAUUUGUCACUUCAAAAUGUUCCAAAACCAGUUAAAAACUGUUUAAAAUUAAUAUUUAAAAGUGAAGGUUGUUCCAAAAUCAGUUAUAUCCUAUAGCCAUUCGGUUCCAAAAACAGUCAUAUCUGCACAGAUGACAAUGUUCCAAAACCAGCUAUAUCAAACUACAAUAACUUACAAUGUUUCAUGUUUCUGUGUCAAAAUAAGUUAAAUCCUAAAAGACUUUUCCUAUAGGGAACUGCUGAUCAUUUUCCUUCUGAAUUAAUUGUUUAUUUUGUUGGCUAAUUUUAAAUUUCAAAGGCUAAAAUAGUGUUAUAAGAAGCAAUAGCACUCAAUUAUUUAACAUUAUUUUAAAAGCUCCUGAUUUGUUGUGUGUCAUAAACAUGGAGGCUGAACAUACAGGAGGUAUUUUAGAAGGUAGUGAAGGCGUUGGUAUUGAUAUUAUAAAUGCUGAAGUUGUAAUUGUUCAACAAGAAAAUGUCAAUAUAAUGGACAUAACAGUGGAAACUCCACAAAAUGUGGAACAAGUAGAGUUGGUAGAAGAGAUGCCUGGCCCUUUGGCAAAGAAAAGGAAGAAAAACGAAAGAGCAUGGAAGAAAACUGUUGCAAAAGUUGCUAGACACCGCCCGAAGGGAUUUCCACAGAUGCCUAGUUGUAAACAUUCGGCCAAAAGUAAGUACCGCUGCGCAGAACUUUCCCUGCAGGAUGUUAGAAAGAUACAUCAGCAAUACUAUAAAGACGCUGACCUUCAAUCAAAGAAGAAUUUUAUUCUUCAGCACGUCAUUGUUUCCUCAGCAAAAAGGACUCGUCUUCCAGAAGGUAUCAAAUCAAAAAGAAAUGUAAGUACUGACUUUUUCUUACCUAAAAUGAGGAACAACAAAACUGAGAAUGUUAAAGUAUGUCGGGCAGCACUACUUACAAUUUUGCAAGAGAGUAAAAACCGAGUGCAAUUGAUUUGCAAAAAGUACCUGGAAACAGGCGUCGUACCUUUGGAGACUCGUGGAGGAGCACGCCAAGUUGAUAAAAUAUAA